AUGAAGAAGCUGGUUGCCAUGCCCUUCUUGGACUCCGUCAUGGACGGGACGGUAGCGUUCGCGUCCGUGCUGACGCUGACCCUCGUGGAGUUCAUUGCGUGCUUGGUAAUAUACCGAUUGUACAGGAACGAUGAUCUCACCUCCCGCGUGCGGCUGGUGCUAACUGUGGUGGCCGUGAGUUGCAUGGUGGGUAAGAUGUGUUUGGCGCUGGUAGCGAUAUUCCCACUCAUUAAGGAUCGAGAUGGCUCGGAAGGUCAAGGGGAUGCUGUUGUUGGUGAAGGCGGAGGUGGCGCACCUAGUAGGGGUGGGGGGACGGGUUGUUGUGUAGUCACGGACGAAUCUGUAGCAGGGUCGGAGAUGACGGGAAUGAAGGACGCAAUGGUUGAGUGUGGAGUAGCACCGCUGGAGGGAACGCAGCUUCAGUCUACCACACAAGCCGUGUCUACAUUGGCAACUGCCGUGGCGAGCGGAGACACCAAGGUAGAGAGGACAUCGUAGCGUCUGUGUAGGGCGUGAUUGUUUUUUCGGCUCGGAACCAUUUUUGGUGUCUCAGAGUGGUGAUUUGAACGUUGCACAUUUGAAUAUAUUUCGCUGAGAGCUCUCACCGUGUAUGUCGCGAACAAAUCGUAUUUUGAACAUUUGGCAGGCGGGUGUUGUCUCUCGUCAUCUAUGGAGCAAAAUCUAUGCUGCGCGCACGACCUUCCAAACCAGUAGGUACGGGUUUUAUUUACCCACACGAUACCCAUGGCUCAUCGCAAUCGACAGGGUACACCUCGGUACUAGUUUUUUAGGCGGAUCCAGGCGGGGCGGUACUGCAAAGUGGCGGUAUUUUUUUGGCGGUUGGCGGUAUUUCGUUUUCCGGCGGUACCGCCUUUGGCGGUUCCCGGUACCACCCGAAUGUGGCGGUACUUUUUUGGCGGUACUGCAAAGUGGCGGUAUUUUUUUGGCGGUUCCCGGUACUUCGUUUUUUCGGCGGUAUUUUUCUGGCGGUACUGAAAUAUGGCGGUACCGUCUCCGGCGGUUCCCGGUACUGCCAAAUAUGGCGGUUUUUUGGUGGCGGUACUGAAAUAUGGCGGCACCGCCUUCGAGGGUUGCGAGUA